AUGACGACUCCAGUUGUUUUCAGAGACCCAUACGAGUCAAAUUUUUCGGAUGAAGCCCGGCUAGUUUGCAUGCUUUUGCAACUCGCUAUUGUGUCUCUCGGGUAUUCUUACUGCGUUGUCGUGCAAUUGGCACAAGGGAAAAAGUUUGCACAAUUUCUCGAGGACAGAGUGAACUUCUUGAACGCCGUUCCCACGGAAAGAAACAAAUUUGUGCAAUGGAAAGCUCUUUUCGCAAUCGCAAUUUUCUUAAAUGUCUGGUCAUUCUCGAUGUACUACCACAUGGUGGUGCUGACAAUCUAUGCAUGGACAUUCGCUGAGGAGUGCAAAAACUGCCUUCAAACCAUUCAUGAAAAACUGCAGAAUUAUUUCUUCGCCGGAAAGCUGGAUUCGGAAACUGAGUCAGAAUUGGCGCGAACGUAUUUCGCAUUGUCCGAAUUUUUCGAGAGAUUCGCUGAAGCGUUCGGACGAUUUUUUGCUGCUUUGCACGCGACUUUAUUCGUCGUUUUCUUAGUCUGCAUCUACGUUUUCAUAAGCAGAUUGUCAACAAUCAAAGGAAGUGAUGAUUCUGUCAACGAAAUGAUCAUUUAUGGUGGGCUGACUAUAGUUUACCUCAGCCCUUUUUUGAUGCUAAACAACACUGCGCAAGAUAUUACGGAUUUGGACGAAGCAAUAAAAGCGAAAAUCGUGAGAGGAAGAGAAUCUUGGCAACACUUCCGAACAAGUGACUCGAGGUUGGAUCGAAUUUUAUUGCAACAACCGAUUCAAAUUUCUGCUCAUGGAUAUUUCAAAUUGGGCAGAGAAAUGAUGACUCAGAUGCUGGGACUCAUUCUCACCUAUUUGAUCAUCGUCUUGCAAUUGAAUGAAGAUCAGCCGAAAAGCUGUUGCAUGGGAUGCAAAUCCGGGCUGAUCGUUGCCAAAGGCGGCAUGAACUGCACGUCCUUCAAGUUCACUGCAGGCAGUGUUUUCGGCCCGAUUUGGUCAAAUGCCCAGUACAAGUGCUGCCAGGAAAUGCAAGACGCUGCCGGAAACGUCGGAGUUUGGACCGGAAAUAAACACGAAAGUUAUUCGUCAAACACCAGCAGCAGCAGCAACAACAAUAACGCUGGGAGACGCAGAGCAGUUCAGCGGGUGUCGGUACAAGUGCCAGCUGACAAUGCGUGCGAAAAGUAUCCUCGCCAAUUGUGCCAGCACAUUUGCGUGCCGAUCGGGGAUUCGGGAUUCAAGUGCGAAUGUUACAGCGGAUUUUCUCUCGCAGUUGACGACAAGUCUUGCAUCAAGAAUGCCUCUGAUGUUUCCGGCAGGAGGCUGACGUGCGAAGACGAUUUCUGCGAGCAAAUUUGUACUUUAACAACUCCCGGAAAUACGGUGACCUGUUCUUGUGAAGCAGGUUUCGUCAUCGGCCCCGAUGGGCAAAGUUGCUUCGGUAAUUUAAUAAACGUUGCAUAA